AUGCUGCCGUGCGGAGCGGUUGAUGUCCGGCACUGCGUCCUGAUGAGCCGCUGGCUGCCCGCAGCUCUGGCGCUCCUCCUCCUCGUCUCCUCCAGCUUCAGCAGCGGCCACAGCACCACGGUGGAGCACGACUUCCACAUUGUUCACAAUGUCGACAACAGAAGUCCAGAGAUAGACCCAUUCUGGUACGUUGGGCGUGGAGUGAGACCCAUCGGGCGCUUCGGGAAGAGGCACAGCAGCGUGGAGGCUCUGGGCAGCAGAGGGGUGCAGCCUGUCCUCAGGACGUUAGGGCUGGUGCUCAACAGCCUCAGAAACAAGGAUAACCUCGGGAAAGCGCUGGAUGGGGAAGACAGGGAUUGGUUACCGUGA